AUGAGCCUACUGUGCAACCCCGACGCGUUUCACCUCUUUGUAGAGGAUGACCUGGAAUCUUUCUUCAGCAGCUUGGAGAAGGAGAGCCAAUCCACCAGCCACGUUGUCAUACUAACGGAUGAGGCCACGUUUCUAAAUGAACGACCCACUCUCUUGGCUGCUUUGAAAUUCGUCCUACGUUACCCCAGGGAGCAUUCAAAAGGGAGUUUGUCCCCCCAAGGGGGCGGCCUCUACACCCUACAGGGAAAUGUACAAAAAUGCCAGCAUGUAGACAGUCCUACUUUUAAUGUGGAGGAGACGAAAUGGAGGAACCGGUUGGUCUUUCCCUGCAGCGACGGUGAGGAACUCGGUGAGAAAAGUAGCCAUUCCUCCGGCGAAAAGAGUGCUAAUCAGGAUGGGAAGAAAAAUUCUGAACAGGUCAGGCAAAAAAUGAAAAGUGGUAACAAAAUUGAUGGUAAAUCUGCACAUCAAAUGGUUCUUUGCGAAGACAAGCAGGGGACGCACCUCCUUGAAGGCAAUGACUCAGGAGAGAUUCAACAAAUUUUUGAAAAAUAUGAACAGUCCCUCAUGGGGAAAGCUAUCCGAAUCCCCCACCUCUUUGCACACCAAAUUAAAAACGUCCUACUGAUCAUUUCUAAUAUACAAAAGUGGCAUGACAAGGUGGAGGUUGCUCACCAGUUAAUUGACCUCUUUCAUAGAAAGGACACUUCGAAAGAAGCACAGAUUAUCUGUUUUGCCAAUGAGCAUAUCCUAGAAAGCUUUUAUCACUUCUGCCUGGUCCUGUGCAAAGGGCUGAAGGUGCACCUGCUUCCGUCCAGCGGGCGUGCCCUCGUUGAAGUGGUGGGAGACGCUGCGGGAUCCUUCCGAGGUUGGCACAGCGGGGAACAGACCUGCGAUGCGGUUAAAGCUGAUCGUUAUGAUGAGGCGCUUCAAGCCGACCACCAAAACGUCACCACUUCUGGUCACCAAAACGUCACCACUUCUGGUCACCAAAACGUCAUCACUUCUGGCCACCAAAACGUCAACACUUCUGAUCACCAAAACGUCAUCACUUCUGGUCACCAAAACGUCAUCACUUCUAGCCACCAAAACGUCAUCACUUCUAGCCACCAAAACGUCAUCACUUCUAGCCACCACAAUGCAAUUUGCGCCCAUAGCGUAACGCAUGUCCGAAGGGAACUCCUAACAUCACUGAGGGAGGAAGACUGCAAGGGGAUCUUUACACAGAUAUUAAAACUAGCCAUCCUGAAUGACCCCAAGUUGUUUGCCAACAUAAAAAGUACCGACUUGAACCAGUUUAAGAAAAGGAUAAAAUAUUUUCUUCACAGAUUGUUAAUAAAUAGUUGCAAUAUAAGGAGUAGAGGAAAAAGGAACAAAAAAAUUAUGAACAUGUUCAGGUUCGGAACCACCAUUGGAAAUGCAAUAAAAAAUGCAAAGGGAUAUCCCCUAAACGGUGUCUUCACUAAUGAGGAAGUGUUUCUAUGUUAUGGCAUAUACUACGAGCUAAGGAUUCUGUACGAGGUGGGUGCAGUGGACCUUAUCCUCCUCGUAGAUGUGAAAGAAAUUAUGAUGAAACAUAAAAUUAAAUAUAAGUUAAGCAAUAACUAUUUGAACUACUACACACAUGAGAUUAUUCACCAUCUUAGGAAGGGACAUCCAUCGGGGACGAAUAAUAUUUUUUUAGUUCACCUCACUGGAAUAGGAGAGGUACAUCCCGAUGUGAUGAUUAGCGUGCCGUUAUGCGUCGUUUGUAGGAUUCUCUGUCCCAUGGUAUGCUUCCCCCCGCGAAGUAUGCAUUUAUCACGGAAGGGGACUGAACCCAAUAAAAAAUGGGAACCAUUCGUGCAUAUCGGACAUGUGGGAAACAAAUCAGAAGCCAUUCGGGUAAUUUACGUUAGCUGCAUGAGCAGAGGGAACAUCUGCAUCAGGAAUGUAACCGCAUGUCUCGAUGUCAUAGUUUUCGUAAAAAUAUUAAGGGAGAUCAAUUUUGAUAUCAGGCUGACGAGACAAGGGAUCACCACUACCUAUCCUGAGGACCUCUCACCGAAAGAAGACAUAAUACAGAUAAAGGGAAACGUACAAAGGAGUGUUUUUUUAUUUAAACGGUUUAUUUACCGAAGGGGAAUCACUCUCAAUGUGCACAACUGUGGGACGCAACCAAAGGAGAAGCCACCACGCACCAAUUCAGUACUACGUCAAAAUCGUUUAUCGAUCUGA